AUGUCUAUCAAGGACUAUCUUAAUGAAAAUUACGGGUCUAACAAGCCCAAGAAGUCGAAGGGUAAGAAAACUGGUGGGAAACAGGCCUCGUUCAAGAUCGUGGACUCUUUCACCAGUAACGAUGAUGCGGUUUUGGAAAAUGAUCAACGCACUACAAGAACCACAAAUCCUUCAAAUAAGGGCUUGAAGUGUGUGGGACCAAAUGAGAAAAAAGGUUUGUGGAAGAAUUUGAACACGAAUGAAGUUUCUGAGCGAUUGCUGUCCAAGAAAGUGGACACAACUGUGAGUUCUCAAAAUCCGGUAGGAAUUCAAUCAGCGGAAGAUGUUAGGCGACAAACUGAAGCAAAAGAGUUAGAGGCUAAAAAAUCGCUUGAAAACGAAGCAGAAACUGCAGAAACAGUUUAUAGAGACAGUCAGGGCCGAAAGAUUGAAAACUAUCAUGAACGUGUGUCGUCGCAAGCUGAAGACGAAAAACUGCGACAGGAACAGUGGGAAUUGGAAUUGCGAGAAUUGAACAUGGGGGAGGUUCAAAAAAAUGGACUUUUGGGGAUUUUGGAAAAUAAUAAGAAGUCGGUAGCCAAUGAUACAAGAAGUGACGAUCCUUUCAAUGCUUUCGAUCCCGCUGCGUCAACUACUCACAAUGCUAACCUCCAUUUUAAAUCACCGAUGGGCAGAAAACUGUACCCUAAAAUGAGUGCUGAAAACAGAUUUCAGAUACAGCCCGGAUAUCGCUGGGACGGAGUGGACAGAUCUAAUGGGUUCGAGCAAAAAUGGUUUGCCAAACAAAAUGAGCUGAAUGAGAAAAAGGUGCAGAGUUUUACCUUGCAAGACGAUGACUAG